UUUGUGAUUCAGUCCUGAGGCAGAGCUUUCAUUGCAAUGCUUGAAAGUCGUCUUUGAGAUGUGCCAGAGCUCAAGAAGGUUUGGUUCAUCACCAAUCUUCUCAGAUUUGACAUUGGAAAGUCCACAAUCAUUCCUCCUUUCAAGCAUGUUUGGAAGCAGUUUUGUGUUGUGAAGACCUUUAUGUGAUGAAAGUUCCACGCAUUGAAGAACGAUGAAAGCUUCGUUGUGAUGCAGGUUGAAAGAGAAUAUCUUUAAAGAGACUAAAGAAAAGUUUUACUCAAGCAGAAGCUGAAUGCAACCCAAUCACUUAUAUAAUGACCUCAUGUGCUGACCUUGUGGACCCAGAAGUCAAUCUCUUCAGAGGAGACAUGGCAACUCCCAGACCCACACCACCAAGAUUUUACGAACCACUAGAAAAUGCGACAUGGGGCGAUCGAUUCUCUCACAUGGUCAUGAAUUACAUCAACCACCCUUCUCUUCUCCAAGAAACCCCAACCGGCCAGCUAUGGAACUGUCAACCAAGCUCUGUAUUGAAUCCUGAUCUCGGACAUUUCAUUGCGCACUUGUCCAAGACCAUCCUCGUUACAGAUCCCGCUUAUCCCGAGCUCUUCCACGAAACUGGAUUGGACGGUCUGCCCAACUUGCACCAUGUUACCAUCACCAUUGCUACUCGAAUCGUAGAUAGAACGGAAGAUCCACCAGGUCGAUGCCACGAGAUUCUGGUGGUUGCCAAAGGUUACGACUCAGCGGACAACGUGUUUGGGAAUACAGAUGAGGACAUUGACUUUAUGGGAUGUUAUGGCCCCGGUUUUCGUUUCUGUAUGGACGCGGGUGGCUGGGCGGAUGCACCUGUGAACCUACUGCUACCCAUCUUGAGAGAUAUCUUCGGAGAUUGGAGAUGUGUCGUGGAGUACCUGAAGUACAUGAUUCGUCAAAUAAUGGCAAGAGCUGGAACAGAAGCGCAUCCUUUGGUUCAUAUGCAUAUUCUCGGAGACGGGUUGAAUUUCAGAAGAGAAAUGUUGCGGAUCGCUGGUACCAUAGAAAUCGGUUUUGACAUCGUCGACGGGGCUCCAACGGACAUCUCCAAGAAUAACAUGGUAUGGCAAGUCCUUCAGAACGGGAGAUGGGAAGACCUUUGAUCGAGGCGACUUGAGGCUCACUAAUGUUUGCUACGAAUUUCUUCUGGCAGUUUUUUGGCGGAUAAGAGGAGGUAAGAGAGUUUAAGCGCGGAGGUGUCGCGGUUAGCCAAUGCAAUCAAGUCCUAACACUUGCUGCUCGACAUCUGUGAUAGGCGAAAUAGGUAAAAGUGUUCAUGGGAUUGCUUUUAGUUGUUUCCAAAU